AUAAAUCCGUUUCUUCCCUUCCAAUUUGAUUCGAUUCAAAAUUUUUUUUUUUUUUUUUAUACUUUUAUAUAACUUUUUUGUAUAAUAUAAAAAUCAUUUAGACAUUUUUAGUAUUUUUUAGUGUAAAUUUCUUUAAUUUUUCCUUAUUAAAUUAAUUUGGUAAAACCUUUUGAAGAUCUUGACAGUUUUAUCGAUAUAUGAUGGACCAAUUUCGUCAUUAAAUUAAAAGUCAUGUAUAUUGUGGCGUAAAAAUUAUAAAUACCCCCAUAACCUCUUUUUUUUUUAUGUAUUUCUUUAUUUCUUUGUUUAUCUCUUUUAUCUCUUAUAUAAUAAAUAAAGAAUGAUUCCCAAUAUUUUAUACACUAUAACUAGAGGAAAUUCUUCAAACAAUAACUCAAAUAACAACUCAAACAACGAAAACUCAAACAAUAAUCCUGACAGUAAUUCUAACAACAACAACAACCCUAAUAAUAGUAACAAUGAUGAUCCUAACAACGACAACAAUGAAGAAAAUGAAAUAGCUUCAAGAAGUAUUCAUGUAAGCAAUAAUUCUCAUUUUGCUCAAUUAGAACAACAAAUAGCUUCACAACUUCGUGAACAAAGUCGAGAACUUCAACAACAACAACAGCAACAAGUUGAUGGUCAAACUUCAAUUAAUGCACCAACUUCUGCAAACCAAAGUAUCUUUACUAAUAACUUUAGACUUAAUCAACCAGUAUGCAUUUUGAGAGCACCUGAAGAUUCAAAUUAUCCUGAAAAUACAAAUUUUCCUUCCGCCUCUGAAAUACAACAAUCUUCGGCAAUGUUUUUUCCACCAACUUACGUUCCACCACAAACCGGUUCAGGUUCACAUGAUCAUAUAGAAACCGCGAAUGAUAAAAAUGAUACUAGCAAUGGAGUAUUUGCUGAUAAAUAUUCACUUAAUGUCAUACAAACAGAAGAAAAUAAUAAUUUAAAUUUAAAUUUAUUUAUGAAUAGAAUUUCAUAUAAUACGUAUACUGAUGCUUAUUAUGAAAAUGGUGAUUUAUCUCAUAAAUAUUUAAAAAAUUGGAAAAAAGGUGCCUAUCAAUGUGAUAAUAUUGAAAAGAAGAUUGAACAUGAUUGGAUGAAAACUUAUUUAGCGAGAUCCCCUAGUCCUGAUAAAAUGAAUGACGAUGGUGAAAUUUCUUGGAAAUUUGAUUAUCGUAAUGGAGGUUACUUGAUUAAUUCUCUUAAAGUAAGAUUAUCAUUUGGUACAUUUGAUAAUGAUGCAAAAGUACAGUGGUUUGUUAAACCAUUACCUACGAUGAAAAAUCAAGAUCCAUCUUGGAAUUUAAUUCAGUUUGAACCAUAUACAGAACGUAGACAUAAAGUAAAUGAGAUUAAGGAUCUUACUGAAUACGUUAAAAGUGAAUAUGGUUUUAUAUUAAAAGCUAAUUUAAGUGGUGGUGAACAAGAUAAUGUUAUAUGGCAAAAAACUCAAUUAUUUAGACAAGAUUGGAAUAGUAAAUUAUCCAGGGAUAAGUUGAUGAUUGAAAAUGAUGAUACUUUCGGUUUCGAUGUUAAAGUGAAAUUAAGACCUGAUAUUAUUGUCGAUCCUCUACCAGAACUAUCUGUUUCGAAUGACGAAUCAAAUACUUUAAAAAAAUUAAACGAUGAAUCAACAAGCGAUUUUGUUAUCCAUUAUAAAGUUUCAUCUGGUGAUAAUACAAGCAAUGAAAGAAAUUUUUAUGCUCAUUCUAAGGUAUUAUCAAGAAGAUCAGAUUAUUUUAAUGCAUUAUUGGAAUCGAAAAUGAUUGAAUCACAAAGUAAAUCACUCACUUUAACCGAUGAAGAUAUUACUUACGAGUCUUUAGAAAUUAUUCUUAAUUAUGUGUAUAAUGGUGAUCUCCCAAACAUCAAAACUUUUAAUGAAUGGACUACAUUAUUACGCUAUGCUUCUAGAUUUCUUAUAACUACUUUAAUUCAAAGAUGUGAAAAGGCGUUAAAGGGUUUCUUGAAUCAUAAUAAUUUAAAUGAAAUUGAAUCAAUUGCUAAUGAAUAUGGAGCUGAGCAAUUAUUACAAUGUUGUAAAAAUUUUGAACCACCUAAAAAUAAUUAAGUAGGAGAAUUUUCAUGACGGAAUGUGUCAAAAUUUUAUUUAUUAUAUAUAUUUGUUUUAUAAGCAAUCUAUCGAUUUAUCUUUUUUUUUUUUCUUGAUCGCAAAGAUUAUAUUUACUUUAUAUAUUUAUUUUGUUUUGUAUAAAUUGAACAAUAAAAAUGAGUUAAUGAGUUUUGUAUUAUUGUAUGUAGUGUUACUAGUGGUAC